UGGUCUUGUGUGGAGAGGAGAAAAGUUGUCAGGCAUAGUUGUGGAUUUUGGCAUCGUUGAUUUUGGUGAAGAUUUGGGGGGAAAGCGGUGAGGAGUGAGAAAUGACCGCUGCCUUCAGCUGAGUGCUGUCAGUAUCUUUUCUAUACAUUCACAACAGCCUUUGUGUUCAUGAGAGGGGGGAAAGUUUAGGCCUAACAUCUGGAAGAAGCAUUAAAGCCACAGUAGAUUCGCUGUUUUGUUGCGGCACCGGACUGAGUUCUGUAACAGGUGGUUUUACUAGCGCGUCUCUCUUUGGACCAUUUGGGUGUUGUUUUGGAUAAAUAAGACAUGCAGACUAUGAGAAGGACUUUGGCAUAAAAUGACGGCGCACUUAGCGUUCAUUUUCUGAUUUUUUUUUUUUUUUUUGUCCGAGUGGAAGACAGUUUAUAACGGAGCUGCGCGUCCCCUGCUUCUCAAUGAUAAGCUCUGUGUGUGUUUCGUCUUACCGAGGGCGCAAGUCAGGCAACAAAGCUCCGUCUAAAACAUGUCUGAAGGAAGAGAUGACCAGAGGGGAAGACUCUGACAAAAUCACCAUCAACGUGGGCGGCACUCGACACGAGACCUACAAGAGCACCCUCAGGACCCUGCCGGGGACCCGCCUGGCAUGGUUGGCAGAUCCGGACACGCAGGUCAGCUCCAACUCGGACGGCCCCGCGCCCCCGACCGCCCCCGAGUUUUUCUUCGACAGACACCCGGGCAUCUUCGCCUACGUACUGAACUAUUACCGGACUGGAAAGCUACACUGCCCGGCCGACGUCUGCGGGCCUCUCUUCGAGGAGGAGCUCGCGUAUUGGGGGAUUGAUGAGACUGACGUGGAGCCGUGUUGCUGGAUGACCUACCGGCAGCACCGGGACGCCGAGGAGGCCCUGGAUAUAUUUGAACCGCCCGAGCCGGAGGACACCGACGACGAAAGAGAGAUGCCAAGGAGGUUCGGUAUCGAGGACUGUCCUAACAGGUCGAGGGGCUGCUGUGAAGUUUGGCAGCCAAAGGUUUGGGCCUUGUUCGACGACCCUUACUCGUCCAAAGCAGCCAGGGGAGUGGCAUUAGCCUCUCUGUUUUUCAUUCUGGUGUCCAUCACCACCUUCUGCCUGGAGACCCAUGAAGCAUUCAAUGAAAUAAGGAACCAGUCCAACAUAGUGAUCGUGGGUAAUGAUACAUACAUAGAUCCGAUAUAUGAGGUAGUGACCAAGCCCAUCCUAACCCUGGUGGAGGGAAUCUGUGUGAUCUGGUUCACUUUUGAGUUCCUGAUGCGGAUCAUCAGCUGCCCAGACAAAGUGGUCUUCAUCAAGAACACGCUCAACAUCAUUGACUUUGUGGCCAUUCUGCCAUUUUACCUGGAGAUGGGCCUGCGCGGUCUGUCAUCCAAAGCUGCCAGUGACGCGCUGGGCUUUCUGCGUGUGGUGCGAUUUGUUCGAAUCCUCCGGAUCUUCAAGCUGACGCGGCACUUUGUCGGCUUACGCGUGCUGGGCCACACACUGAGGGCCAGUGUCAAUGAGUUCCUCCUCCUCAUCAUCUUCUUGGCACUGGGUGUUCUAAUCUUCGCCACCAUGAUCUACUACGCUGAGCGCAUCGGAGCCGACCCAGGCGACCCCACAGCCUCCAAACACACACACUUCAAGAACAUCCCCAUCAGCUUCUGGUGGGCUGUGGUCACCAUGACCACACUGGGCUACGGGGACAUGUACCCAAAGACGUGGCUGGGCAUGAUGGUGGGGGCUCUGUGCGCUCUGGCCGGGGUGCUGACCAUCGCCAUGCCAGUCCCUGUCAUCGUCAAUAACUUUGGGAUGUAUUACUCUCUGGCCAUGGCCAAACAGAAGCUGCCCAAGAAGAAGAAGAAGCAUAACCUGAACACAGACGCUCCAACCGACACGGCCUCAUUUGGGAAGUCAGAAACAAACUCCCACAGAGACAGCACUCAGAGUGACACGUGUCCGCUGGCUGCUGAAGAGAGCGUCAGCAGGAACCGCUCAGACUCCAAACAGAACGGAGAUGCUAAUGUGGCUGUUUCAGAGGAGGAAGGCUGCAGUCUGACCCAGCCUCUGUCCCCCAGUGAAAGGUGGUCCCUGCGCUGUUCCCGAGGCAGAGACAAGACGACGAAAGAGGCCACCUGCUUCCUCUUAACCUCUGGAGACCCCAACAUCCAUACUGAGAGCUGUAAUGACCUCCUCGCUGCCACUGGAAACUACGCUCAGCCUGAGGUCACCACUCUGACCUGACGCUGAGCGGCUGUGAAAAGGAUAAAGAUCAUGAACUGUCUGUGGAGUAUGCUGUGCAGAUAUUCAACUCGGAUUCCUGCUUCCUUUGAUUGUUUCAAUGAACUGCAGACUGGAUUCCUUUCAUUUUGGGACUUUUUAAUUUUUUUUGUAAAAUAUCCACCCCGUGUUACAAAGCCAGUUGCAUAUCAGACUUGCCAUGUUAAAGUCAUUUAAAUGUUACAUCUGCAUGUGUUGCAUGAGCUAGCAUUGUAUGAACCAAAGACUGGCUCCAUUUAUAGGCUUCAAAUAGAGUGACAAUGUCAUUGCUUGUCUCGCAGCACUUACAUCAUAUUAAUUAAUUUAUUGUGUUGUUGGCAUUUUUUUACAUCUCAGAUUUCUAUUUCCCUUUUUUGUUUUUUGCCAGACUUCUCACUUUUCUGAGGUGGGCGGGGCCUAGAUCAGUCAUAAGCAACAUUUUCAGUCAGAAUCUUUAGACAGUUAGUUGGUUGUUUUGUCACUGGAUCUGAUUAAACCACACUCAUGCAGUCCUAUAAACUUUGUCUUCUAAAUAUUCUAAAUCAUAACUACUUACUAGAUAUUGGCCUAUUUUGACUUGUGUGAAUUCAUUGUUUUAAGGGAAGAUGAAUCAUUAGGGGUAAAAAAAAUAAAUCUGCUAAUGAGAGUAGCAUUAACAUGAUGUUAAACAGUUUGAGCACAUAGUUUGCUUUGUUGUCUUACAUUCAUGAAUGUUACUGCUGAGUGAAAGCACUCAAACAUUGUGAAUAUGGGUUUGUACAGUCAAACUGUAAACUAGGAUUAGAUGAAAACUUGAAAUCAUUGUUCUGUCUUCAUCCAAACACAUUUCAGAGUUCUUUAUUGAUCACUCACUCUCUUGACUUCUGUCGUGCCUCUGACCCCAUGGUCAGUAACUCCUUGUACAAUAAGCGAGUUCAACAAAGGAAGAGAAAAUCAAUGCAGUGGUAUUGUUUUUUUUUUACAUUAGCUGCAUAACUGAUGCAUCCAUGCUGGUUGAGUCGGGACCAAAUGCACACUUUAUUAGGUUAUAUAGUAGGUUUUCAGUACCAUUGUUAGUAAAAAGUGCAGUGCACUGCCAUCAGUUCCUCUUGUGCCUCAUGUUGAGUAAUGGAGCUCAAAUGUGUGCAGUAAUGUCGUUAAAUUUAUUUCACAACACUUCUGGUGGUGUCGGUUCUGUAGGAACCCUGCUACAUGUUUCCAUGGGGAGAGAAGCAGUGGGAGUGUGGUUUAUGUGACUUCUUAUAUAUUCCUCAUGGUCUACCAUAGCGGCCUUAUGUUUAAUAAACAAAGGGAAAGCUCAUUUCAUUGUCAUUAGACCGCAACUCCAUUUCUACGCUGACCCCGAGGUCAUGUAGUCAUGUAUAAGCACAGUUGUACGUAUGUAGCACAGUAGGAUUUUCUUGAUUAUAAUGACAUUCACUUUUCUUCUCCUCUGUAUAAAACAUUUUAUGCAUCAUGAAGUAGCUGUUUACCAAUAAAGACAAUGAAUUAUUUUGAUAAUCCA